UGGGUGGACCGCGAAACCGACCAUUUCCGCAGUUCGCUGCACGCCUCGCGCCUGACCGCAAAAGAGCCGAUCACACACGCCCAUCCGCAGGCCUGCGAGCCGCGCUGCGCGGACGUCUUCAAGCACUACUUGGCCUGCGCUGAUCGCAUCGAGCAGAAGGGCGCGGGUGCGGGCGCCGCGUCCUUAAACACAAAACCGCCAUCGUACGCCAUCGCCGCGACCGCACCACAACCCCGCAGGCGACUGCGAGCCCUACUACUUCGACUGGCUCAAGUGCAUAGACAAGUGCGCGAUGCCGCACAUCAUGCAGAAGCUCAAGUAGAAUUCUUUAAAUAUUAUUAG